CUCAAAUUAAUCAUGAAAACCGUUCUUAUUGUUACACUCCUUAUUGCUUCUUUCUGUGCUAUGGUUACUGCACUGUCUAUUCCUUUCAAGGACAUGAGUGAUUUCCAAAUCUCACAGCUAUUGAUAACAAAUCAAACGGUUGCUGAAAACGAAGGCGAUAUUGCUUACCCACACAAUUACGAUACCUGGUACGUCGGAGAGCAUGUUAAUGUCACCUUUAAGGCGGAGGAGCCUGAUGAGACUGUAAAUAUAUUCUUCUACCAAAAAUCCGACUCAUUGGCAGGUGGUCCCAUUACUCAAAAGGUAUUUGAUUUUAUCGUCCCACCAUCUGCGGUCAGCGGUCCAAAUGAAACAUCACUCCUGCUGGCUGUCAGACGUGAGAACCACUACUUACAAACCGUGGACGCUGUCAUGCUCCAUGUUCUCUCUGCUAAAUAAUUAUCCCCCGUUAUUCCUGCACUUCUGUAUAAAUGUAAAAAGAAUAAAGUCUAUAAUCUUUCC